ACACACACACAGACACAGACACACACACACAGACACAGACACGCACACACAGACACAGAGACACACACACACAGACACACACACACACACCCUUACAGUAAGUGAAAGUGAAACUUAAGGAGCAGCAGAGGCCCACAGGAGGAAAGAGACACGGAGGACGUCGACUGGUCGAAACAUUUGACUCUUAGCUGAUUUCUCUUCUACAAACAUGGACAAUAACUCCCUAACGGAGCAGUCGGAUUCCAUGGAGACUCAUUCCUCCAGCGACGACAUGGCGCUCUCGAGGGAUGCGGCCACGGACCAAUCGGAAGCCUGCGGCGAAGGAAAAGCAGCUGGUGUGGCAGACGCAGACUCCGGUAUGGCAGACGCAGACGCCGGUGUGGCCGCCGCAGACUCCGGUGUGGCAGACGCAGACUCCGGUGUGGCAGACGCAGACUCCGGUGUGGCAGACGCAGACGCCGGUGUGGCCGCCGCAGACUCCGGUGUGGCAGACGCAGACUCCGGUAUGGCAGACGCAGACGCCGGUGUGGCCGCCGCAGACUCCGGUGUGGCAGACGCAGACGCCGGUGUGGCCGCCGCAGACUCCGGUGUGGCAGACGCAGACGCCGGUGUGGCCGCCGCUUUGCAAGACGCAGCUUUGCAACACGAUAACUCCCUAAAGGAGCAGUCGGAUUCCAUGGAGACUCAUUCCUCCAGCGACGACAUGGCGCUCUCGAGGGAUGCGGCCACGGACCAAUCGGAAGCCUGCGGCGAAGGAAAAGCAGCUGGUGUGGCAGACGCCGGUGUGGCAGACGCAGACUCCGGUAUGGCAGACGCAGACGCCGGUAUGGCAGACGCAGACUCCGGUGUGGCAGACGCAGACGCCGGUAUGGCAGACGCAGACGCCGGUGUGGCAGACACAGACGCCGGUAUGGCAGACGCAGACGCCGGUAUGGCAGACGCAGACGCAUGGAGGAUUGUCCUUCUUGGAAAAACCGGAGUUGGAAAGAGCAGCCUUGCCAACAACAUAUUUGGAGAGGCCAUAUUCAAAAUAAACAAUUUGAGCGACUUGGAAACGCAUCCUACUACAGUCGAAACAAAAUAUGUCCAUGAAAAAAACAUCACUUUGAUUGACACUCCUGGUUUCUUUGACCCGAGCAGGUCUGAGAAGGAGAUGAAGCCUGAGAUGAUGAGGUGCAGCACAGAGUGCGCUCCUGGGCCUCAUGUCUUUCUCAUUGUGCUUAAAGUGGAGAAAUUCAUAGAGCACAAUGAGGCUGUCGUCUCACAAAUGUGUGAUUACUUCUCUAAAGAUGCUCUAAAAUACGUCGUGAUUGUCUUCACUCAUGGCGACCAGCUGCCAGAGGGAAUGACACUGGAGAAGUAUAUCGAGGAAAGUGGGGAUCUGGGCGACCUGGUGAAGAAGUGCGGGGGCCGGUGCCACGUCGUCGAUAACAAAUACUGGAAGGACAACACGGAGGGCGACAGAAGUAACCAGGUCCAGGUGGAAAAGCUGCUCUGCUCCAUCAACCAGAUAGUGGUAAAAAACAAGGGAAGAUUCUACACAGACAAAAAGCUACGAGAAGUCGAGAAAAAGAUUCAGAAAGAGAGAAAGGUCAUUAGACUGUCAUCAGGAAACAUGUCAGAGGAAGAGAUCAGGAAGCAGGCGAAAAGCAACGUCUUUAAGGAGCAGGUAGACGAUGCAGCUCAAACAUGGAAUUUUGGUAUCGCAGAUAAAGUAUGGAGUGUGGUCAAUUGUGUUAAGAGAAAAAUUAAUUGAGAAUGAACAGAACCAGAACUGGCAGAAGUGGAUGUAGAACAAGCCAGUACGAGAGGUAGUUGAGGUAUUAAUCACACAUUGAUUACUUAACAACGCUUUUUUUUAAUCUGUCUCUUCAUGGAAGUGAAAUAUUAAAUCAUGAGUGUACACUUUAAUGGUGAUUACUUUGAAUGUUCUAUUCUAAUUGCCAUUUGUGUCAGUAUGUGGCCAUUAAUGAUGCAUGUAUUAUGUAACAAUAAACAGCUGAUCGAUCUCAUGUCUUUUCAGCUACUUUAGUCAUGUGACCAUCCACCUAUGCUGCUAAAGUUUAAGGCUGACUAUACUUGUACUUUCUUAUUGUCAAUCAAUUCCAUUAUAAGACAAAAACCAACAAAUAAUGGAUGUUGGUAUCACCGGGGUCCUUCGUUGGUGAGCAACCUAUUGUGAUAAUAAGCUUGUGAGGGAUCUGGUGAAGAAGUGCGGAGGUCGCUGCCACGUCGUGGAUAAUAAGCAAAGAAAUAAUACUAUCAGCAUCAAAAGCAAAUGAUAAUACAGCCAGAGAUGAAACAGAAUCAAAACCAAUAAUCAGACGUUACGCUUAAAGACGGGAGAGAGAAACUAUCAUUAAGAAGCCAGGAAAUAUUUAACCAUUGAGAUGAUCACGUUUAUUCAUAUGUAAUUCAAACUUUAGUCGCCAUAAGAAGUGUAAUUGACUUUUUAUUCAUAAGAUUCAUCCUCAGUUAAGUUUAAUUCUCUUUGAUGAGUUACCAUGUCUUUCUUUUUAUUGAGCUAAGAGUGUUUUGGUCUCAUAUCACUUUAUUCUUCACAUAUCUCAUAUUAUGUUUUCCUUCAUGCAUCAAUAUGUAAUCACAUGUUCUUCUUUGUUGACUGAAUGGUGAGAAUAAGUAAAUAAGUGAACUCUUGAUUCACCUGAUAGUUUUGAAGGUCUUAUUGGAAAUGUAAACUUUUUACAUUUUGUCUUUUCUUUUACUUCAAUAUUGACAUUAUUCAUCUUUGUAACUGUAAAGAAACAAAUAAAACUGGUUUGUAUUCUGUACAUUCCAACCAAA